AUGAAGAUUCAGCUCUUUUUCUUUAUUCUGUUCUUUUGGAUCACAAUUUCACCAGCCAAAAGGAGCUAUCCCCACUAUGGUAGCUUGGAUUUGAGGAAAGAGUGCAGAAAGGGUAAUGGUCGUUGUAAACUUCAAUGCCAAGAAACUGAAAUUAGGAUUGCUUACUGCAUGAGACCUGCAACUCAUUGCUGCUUGCAGAAGUACAGAUGA